CCCGCCAAUUUUCCUAGUGGUGCCACUCUUUGGAAGCAGCCGACGACAAUUGCAAACGCCAACAGGGGACGAGGAGCAAAAACAAGCGUAGAGGCAAAGCUCUGUCGUCGCCAUUUCGCCGAGCAGAUGAACCUCAGAACCGCCCUGCCCGCCGCGCUCGAGCGCAACCGCAACUUCUUCCUGUCGCUCCUCAAUGCGUCCACCACGCUCUCCCACCUCGCCCAGGCCCACGCCCAGAUCAUCGUCGGCGGCUACCGCAACGACAUCUCCACCGUCACCAAGCUCACCCACAAGCUCUGCGACCUCCGGGCCAUCGGCUACGCCCGCGACCUCUUCCUUUCGGUCUCGAAGCCCGACCUCUUCCUCUUCAACGUCGUCAUCAAGGGGUAUUCCACCAACGGCUCGCCUCGGUCGUCCAUGUCUCUGUUCGCCCACUUGCGGAAGAACACCGGCCUGCGGCCCGAUAACUUCACUUAUUUCUUCGCCGUCUCGGCUUCCGCGGGCUUUCGCGACGAAAAGGUCGGGACUGUGCUGCAUUCGCAGGCUAUCGUUGAUGGGUUCGGGUUCGAUUUGUUUAUCGGGUCCGCUUUGGUGGAUCUUUACUUGAAGUUCUCGAAACUGGAGCUUGCGAAGAAGCUGUUUGAUGAGAUGCCUGAGAGGGACACUGUGUUGUGGAACACCAUGAUCUCUGGGUUGGUGAAGAAUUGUUGUUUUGAGGAUUCGGUUUUGGUGUUUAAGGAUAUGGUCGCCGAUGCCGAGAUCAGGCUGGAUUCAACGUCUCUUGCAGCUGUGCUUCCGGCUGCAGGGGAGUUGCACCAAUUGAAGGUAGGUAUGGGGAUUCAAUCUCUGGCUACGAAACUGGGACUGCAUUCUCAUGUGCAUAUACUUACAGGACUAAUAUCAUUUUAUUCCAAAUGCGGGGACACUGGGACAGCUACUUUGUUGUUUGACCAGAUUGACCGGCCGGAUUUGGUAUCUUAUAAUGCGAUGAUUUCUGGGUACACGUGCAAUAAUGAAACCGACUCUUCCCUGAGGUUAUUCAAGGAAUUGCUUGCACUUGGGGAAAGAGCAAAUUCAAGCACGAUUGUGGGAUUGAUUCCUGUGUUCUUUCCCUUUGGUCAUUUGGGCCUGACGCUCUGUAUUCAUUGUUUCUGUGUAAAAUCUGGUAUGGUUUCAAAUCCUGCCAUUUCAACUGCGUUAACCACUGUGUACAGUAGGUUGAAUGAAAUUGAACUUGCACGGCAGGUUUUUGAUGAAUCCAUCGAGAAAAGUUUAGCAUCCUGGAAUGCCAUGAUUUCAGGUUAUGCGCAGAAUGGGUUAACGGAUGCAGCUAUUCAUCUUUUCCAAAAUAUGCAGACGUCCAAGGUCCAGCCAAAUCCAGUGACAGUGACUAGCAUUCUCUCUGCCUGUGCCCAACUAGGAGCUCUAAGUCUAGGAAAAUGGGUCCACGACCUAGUUAAACGAGAGGGAUUCCAUUCAAACAUUUAUGUUAUGACUGCUCUGAUAGACAUGUAUGCAAAAUGUGGGAGCAUUGUGGAGGCACGGAGAAUAUUUGACUCGAUGCAGGAGAAGAAUGUAGUCACUUGGAACUCUAUGAUUUGUGGAUAUGGUCUUCAUGGACAUGGAAAAGAAGCCCUGGAUCUCUUCACCAAGAUGUUGCAAUCUGGAGUUUCACCAUCUGGAGUUACGUUCCUUUCUGCCUUGUAUGCUUGCAGUCAUGCUGGCUUGGUGACAGAAGGAGAUAGGAUUUUCCAUUCCAUGGUACAUGAUCACGGCGUUGAGCCCUUAGCUGAACAUUACGCCUGUAUGGUUGACAUUUUCGGCCGAGCUGGAAAGCUAGAGAAGGCAUUGGAAUUUAUAGAGAGAAUGCCAGUGGAGCCGGGGCCUGCUAUCUGGGGUGCACUGCUAGGAGCCUGCAUGAUUCACAAGGACACAAGACUAGCACAUCUGGCCUCUAAAAGGCUAUUUGAGUUGGACCCUGAAAAUGUUGGAUAUUAUGUCUUACUCUCGAAUAUAUGCUCUGUUGACAAGAAUUAUCCGCAAGCAGCUUCCAUACGACAAGUAGUUCGACGCAGGAGCUUGGCAAAAACCCCUGGCUGCACUUUGAUAGAAGUUGGUGGGUUACCACAUGUCUUUACCUCUGGAGACCGUUCUCAUCCUCAAACCAAAGCAAUCUAUGCAAAGCUGGAAAAUUUAAUGGGGAAGAUGACGGAGGCUGGAUUUCAGGUAGAGACUGUCACUGCUUUGCAUGAUGUGGAAGAUGAAGAGAAGGAGCUAAUGGUGAAGGUUCAUAGCGAGAAACUUGCUAUUGCUUUUGGCCUUAUUUCUACUGAGCCUGGAAGUGAGAUCAGGAUCAUCAAGAAUCUUCGGGUUUGUAUAGACUGCCACACUGCCACAAAAUUCAUAUCGAAGAUCACUGGGAGAGACAUUGUUGUUAGAGAUGCUAAUCGUUUCCAUCAUUUCAAGGAUGGGAUUUGUUCUUGUGGAGACUACUGGUAAAAAGGAAAAAGUCCUCUUGCUGCUUGUUUUGCUUGUGAUCGCAGCUGCAUUCGGCCUUUCAUUCUGUCAGCCCAUCCGGUAAGGAUAUCUACUGUGCCACCUCAUUGCAUCAAUUUACAUGCAUCCACAAAGGUUGACAAGUAUAUUAAAA